CUUUGUCACAGCAGGCUGUUAUUUCAGCGACCAUUCUCGAGGUUUAGCGAUUAUGCUGACUUUGAUAACCCCUUGGGCCCAGUUGUCGACAGCGGGUUUCAGACGUAUUUACUCAGUAUAUAUAUGCAAUGGCUGGUUUUCUCACAAUGGAUAAACUUCUUUUGACACUUACGGGACAGGCUAUGAACUAUGCCGUCAGGUCAGGGAUCCGCGUCACGGGGCAAUAUGCGAUCAGUCAAGUAUCUAGACUGAUGAAAAGAUCAUCGGCUAUUGAUGAUGGUCACCGUUCUGAGCUUCAGACACUCCAAGAGCGACUUCAAGGCAAAAUUAGAAUAAUUUCUCCCGCUAUCGAUAUGAUCGAACUCAUCGCGGCUCGGGGCAAUACUUCUCUUGAAUCGGCCGUGUCUCUCACGCAAGGAAUCAGAUGGGAAAUUCAGAACCUUGGGCAGCGGCUGGCUAAAAUCGCAUCCACCGAAGAGUUAAGUCGCAAGGGUGCCAUUUCAAGUGCCCGACGGACAGAGAUCAAUUCGGACAUAAAACUGAUCAUCAAGGAUAUCCGCAAAUUGUUGGGUCGGAUCGAGGAUGCAGUACCCCUCAUCAACCUUGCUAUUACCACCUCUGGAGCAAGCUUGUCUACCACUCUUCCCGCAACCGUGUCGCCUUCCCGGCUUCUUCAAGCAAGCACUUUUCUGACCGCUGGUGACACUCAAUAUGCCGUUUUGUCGUCACAGGCUGUUCAAAUUGGUCCCACCUUUACUCUUUCAAUAUAUCUUCUUUUUGCAGGGCACGCUAGGCCUCAUGACGAAGAGACUAUUCGGAGUACGACCUGGAAAGAAGUUAUUCAUAAGGCACGGUUAAAAUUACGCAGAGUCCCUAUGGAAUUACUAGAUUCUCAUGCAUCGUUUUCAAUUCCCUCUGAAGAUUGGGCUGCCGAUGAACGUAUCAGAAGCAAUUCCAAAGGUGAUGAAUUUGCCUAUCAGAUGCUUAUUAUUGAGGACUUAGAUGACGAUCGGGUUCACACAUUUGAAUCAGAAGAGGAAGAACCGUCCCAGUUCGAAGAUGUCGCAAUCGCUGGAAUUAGGGAAAUUAUCCCGGUACAUCAGAUUUCGAAGAUUUUCUAUGCUGAUACUGGCAAAAUUCUGAAUAUCGGGAGCGAGGGUGAGGCCAAUCACCCUGUCCUCCUACUGAAGCGUGAUAUACAUGCAAUCCCACCACGAAGAAUGACGGGUGAAAGCGCCACAAAAUAUGACGAAUUUGACGACGAAGAAAGUGAAGGCACUUUGAGUCAUGAAGAGCACGAAUCUUACCAUGAUACACCUGAAACUCCAGGACGAUCAGAUAUGGCUACAGGUGAACGUUGGAGAUUUCCACCUGGGCUAGACUUGGAAUGGAUUGCGUUUGAAGUUUACAAUGAGCCUGAAGAUUCCGACUCUGAGGAUGAGUCAUCUUCACCAGGACCUACUUCUCUCCCUCAAUCUCCGAGUGGCCAGCUAAAUAAGAAGCUGUCGAGUCUUCACAUUGGUGAUGAAAGCUCUUGUCCACACUCACAGCAACACAUGACGAUAUCACGGUCUCCAUCCGGCGUUGGGACUCUGAAUACCGUUUCAAACCCCUUAUUUAAAAAUAUCAAAACCUCACUAUCCCUCUUAGAAAUGCUGCUCCGUCUUACAUCUCUUCAACAAUUCCAACAACAAUCUCAUCUUUCCAUCCCUGACGAACUUCUCAACUUCUUCCUUGAGGAAUCUUCCACGACGGGUGCAGGCGGCGAUGAGCACCAUCGCCAGCGCGUUCGUGCCGAAGCACGACGGAAAGUUGGCUGGGAUCCCUAUGAUGAAAGCCCGUUGAAACGGCGUGGGGAGGACUACCAGUAUAGAGGAGGUCAAGAUCAAGACUCUUGGGCCGGCAGCCCCCGCAGCUGGAGACCAAGCGCGGAGCCAUAUAGUCCGAGCACAACCUCACGGUCAAAGGAACAUCGGACUAGCGAGGAUCUUUAUCAUGAUGGAUUCCGAAAGGGCAUGGAUUCUACAUCCAUGCAAGCGAUGGCGACGCCCUCGCCCAGCGUUAAAGCUCGAAGCGAGGACAGAAGAGCUUCCGAGAUCCAGAAACCCAGAGCCAGCCGAAGAAUGUUUCAAAAGGAAAGCAGUCCCCUAAGGGACUCUGCGCACAGGCUGAGUGGCGAAACCAGGGAGCGAAAGAGCAAUGGCUGA